AAGUGAGACAGGCACCCUUUUAAGCAAGUACGAGUCGCCUCGGCUUCAAGUCGCCAUGGGGACAUCACCAGAAUGGCUCUCCACGAGGGUCUUCAUGCUGCUGGAGGAGCGCCAGCGCUUGCAACUGGCCCUGGUCUCCAAGGCCGUGUACAAGCUCGCGGAACUGGAGAUCUUGCGCUGGAUUGUGCACGGUUUGCCCCUGGAGAAGCAUCACCUCGUGGUCGAAGCGCUCAACGGCCGCCUGAGCGGCGGGCACUCGGCGCUGCGGCUCUGCCGGUGCAUGGAGAGGAUCUCUCGCCAGGUGGCCGUCUCUGGGUCUAUGACCACCUGCGGCAUCAUCUCGGCGCAGUACAGUGGCCGCAUCGCCUUUGGGGACGGCACUGUGGACAUUGAGCUGAAAUCAAUCUUGCAAACAGUCGAAGAUUGCGGCGAAGAAGCGACGGGAGACGUGGUGCACAUUGAAGGUCAGUGGAACCUCGACGACGAUCAAGUUUGCGCUUGGAACGAGCAGAAGGGGCUUGGCGUCAACGACUGGGUGGGCCACUUCGAUGUGUUCGCCUGCAGCCUUUUCUUGCGAAACCACGUGGGUAGCGAGAUCACCCUGAGCCUCCUGGCGCCGGACAAGAAGCCCCCGCCGCUCGCCAGUUGGCUGGAGAGCAUCUUCAACCUCGGAGGCAUCCUCACAUUGCCCAGCGUCAUGUUCCAAGCAAUCGCCUUGGGCGGACCUGCUGCUGGUCCUCUCUUCCUGGCGCUGGGCGCGUGUUAGUUUGAGAGUCGCAGGGCUAUGCGUUGGAAUCCGAGUGCCACAUGAACCGUAAGCCGUGAGUGGCGUGCUUCUGACUUCUGGUGUUUUUCCUUUAACUCGGGACCUGUCACAAGAGCGGAAGAGAU